AGGAGGGGGGCGAGGGGGGGGGCCCGCCCGAUCUUCCUCUUCCAUGCAACAACCUUUGUCAUCUUGCACCACCACCACCACAACCACGCUCAUUAGGACACCCAAAACCCGUGCCCCGUUGUCUUUGAAAACCUCUCGGAGAGCGCAAGACGCCCCGGGCUGGGAGGGCGACAGCUCUGUACCGCACCUCCGUAAACACCACUCGGGAAAGGAGUUUAUCUCGUCGCUGACGAGUUGACCGCGUUAAAGAGAGAGAGAAAGAGAGAGGGAAUCUUUCGCAGAAUCUGCGCUCGAGUCAGUACGGCGGUGGAGAAGAGAGAGACGAGAGCGAGGAGAGACAGAGAGAGAGAGAAGCGCUUUCAUGUAGGCGAGCGUCGUGAGAAGAUGUGGCGUGCGUGGCAUGAGGGAUCAGGCGGACGACGCUCAAGGAGACACCACAUGGAGGAGGCUGUGGGCAUCUCCGUGGCAGUGCUGGCGCUGAUCGUGGCUCACGGCGCGCUGGGCUGCAGUCCGCAGAGAGCAGACUACGUCUGGGUGUCGUGCUUCCCGAACACCAUCACGGCGACCGUGCUCGAGUGCCCCUUCGGCUGGACGCUCGAGACGCUGCUGCUGGGCGGAGUUUGCGUCAACGGGGUCAGCAACCAGGGCUUCUACAAGUUCGUCAUCCCCGACCUGACCCCCAGCGACUUCAGCUACUGCGGCACCCAGACGCAGCUGGUGAACCAGCACGGCACGCCGACCUACGUCUUCACGAACUGGAUCACCUCCAGAGACCAGGGUGCUGGCGUGCGCUUCCAGCCCGUCAACUACACAUUCAGCUGCAGCUACAAGGCUCGCUACACCAUGGAGACGGCCGCCUUCGACCAGAGCGUUGCCACAAUAUUCGUCAAGAACGGCAGCUGGGGAUCCUUUGAGAGUCAGCUGUCUAUGAACAUCUUUUCUGGUCCUACGGAUAACGGACGCGUUCGGAUAAUCGAGAACUCCAAGUUCUCAGUGCUGAAACCGGCUCCGUUCAUCGUCGACGCCACGGACAUCGGCUCCAUCGUCUUCAUCGGCAUCGAAGCCAAAGGGCUGAGCCGCCGAUUUAAGAUCGUGAUCUCAAAGUGCUGGGCCACCCCUUCCACCAACAGCAACGGCAGCAUGGGCCUGUCGCUCAUUCACGCAGAAUGCCCCAGCGAUAACACCGUGGUGAUCUUCGAGAACGGACACUCCCAGAAGUCGACGUUCCAGUUCCGCUCGUUCCGCUUCCGCGACGUGAGCGGCACGUCGCGCGUGUGGCUGCACUGCGAGGUGCGGCUCUGCGACAGCCACCGUGCCACGUGCUCCAAGAGUUCAUGCUCCUCUCGGCAAAUGAGGAUUGAAACCGCGGAGGACAACAUGGGCACGCUCACGCAGGAGUUCCAACUUAAAGAAAACAAGGCGGCAGCAUGUACCUGCGGCCCCAACGCUAUCGCCGCAGGUGUCCAUGUGUUCCUUCUGCUGCCGAUUGUCUUCGGAGAGGGCAUUCCGUGACGCCACCGACGACGACGACGGCGGCGGUGGUGGUGGUGGUUGGAGCCUCUGGAGGUUCUUGGUGAUGGUGGUGGUUGUGAGUUGGUUGUGUCGUUGACAGCGCGACAAAACUACGCGGCUAAUUUAAGACUUCUUCCAGUAGGAGGCGUACACAUUCCAUUGCACGUUGGCCGUCACCACCACCACCACGAUCGUGAUGUUUUGUUCCAUGACUGCGAGGAGGUAUUUAUUUUCCAUUACACCGUAGUGAGCUGUUGAUUAUACACGAAAAUGUGGGGGGAGGGGAAUGAUAGCCCAGAUAGCAGGGGGAAAAAAACCCCAGCAGAUAAUACAAAACACGCUAAUUUGCUAUUAAACAGAUAUUUAUUGCUUACGAGAUUUGAGGUGAAUAUUUAGGCGUGUAAUUUGUGUUUUACAGCUUCCUUGAAACACUGCAAUCAGUCACUGAUUCACACGUCAGGAGUCGCUACUGAUAGAACCAUUGGCGAAACACGCUCCUUUGUAGAGUUUCCCACCGUCUAUCGUGAGCACAGUAAAUCCACCUACGGAUAGUUGUACCUUGCCUAAGAUGACGACUUCCAGAUAUUCAUAAGCUCUCUUGCAAGCAGGGUUUGUCACACAUAGUAUGGGCAGGAGACAUUUCCCAGCCCGACAUUAGCUUUUAAAAUAAUACACUAAUAACAAUAAUGAAUAAUUAUAAUUUCGUACAUUUGGUUGCUUGCGCCAUUCUUAUAGCGCAGGGCUGUCGCGAAGUUGCUGUUCACACGCACGGUGUGCGCGAAUUAUAAGCAUUCGGAGGCCACGUGGCAAUUGUGUUAUCCCAAUAGAGUAAUUUGUGUGUGUGUGGGGAGGGGGCGAGGCGAGGGGGUUUCUAAAUUUCGCAAAGUAUGAACCCAUGACGCUGGCACACAAAUGGCCUGCACGUUUUAAUUAUAACGUCAGAGGUGGGGGGGGGGUCUCUAACAUUCACGGCAUUGCAGACGACGCGCACGCACGCACGUGUGUGUGUUUCACGGUCCACGCAACCGCAGCAAUAACCAGGGCGGACCGACGGAUUCGAAUCCGUGAACCUUUACAACGAGACGGCAGGCAGACAAGCGCCAUCCGUGAGGUGACGUCGAAGUGCAACGCUUUUGCGGGUGACAUUAAUUUUGUCCGUCAAUAUCAUCAUCAUCAGCAGCGGCAUUGGCCGUUGUCAAUGUUUCUGCUGCUCUUCGUCCAUGUCUUUUUUUAUCUCUACUUGCAGGAGAAGAGACCUCAAAAGUGAGUUUACAAUUGAAGCAAGAAUUACAAUGUUGGUUACGACUACCGAACGUUCUUUGGCUCUGGGUCAUCACGACCAUUGCCACAUUGACAUUGCCACAUAGGUCAUGGCAUUGACACACCACGACUCGACUUUCCAAAAUGAAGUAACAACGUUUUAAGUGCGCCCUUUACAGCACAUGGGUAAUUCAUGUCAAAUGUUACCAGCUGGACUGCCAUUGUAAAAAAAAAGACGUGCUUCUUUCACAAUUGACCAAUGGCAGCAGACACGCAUACGUAGAGUCGUUCAUCAAUCCACUGCUGGAUGAGGGCCUCCCCACGCCCUGCUGGUCGCAGGGGUUAUUUGACCAUACUUCACCACGCGGGUCAGCGAGGGGUUCGUGACGGUGGGGAGCAGUGAUGUAGGGGGCAUAGAAAUACAGCACAACAGCAGAUUGUGCUGCUUGUGCUGCCCACUACAUAGCCCCGUCACCUAUAGCACCCGGCUAUGCAUUGCGCUCACCCAUCCACACACUAUUCAGGCUCAACCCUGCUUACAAAGUGCUUGCCACAAAUGAACCGCAAUAGCUCACUUAUCUCGUCCAGGAGCAUGAACCCCCACGUGAACUCCGGUCGUCCUCUCAGCAGCAGCGGCUUUUGACUAGCCGUCGAAGAAAGACGGUCACCGCAUCGCGCGCUUCCAGAUGCGCUUCUGCGGCCGUCUGGAACGCUCUUCCUUCAAAUAUUAGGAAGCCACUGGAGCUAUCCACUUUUAAAGUUCUAUUGAAAACUCAUUUCUUAGAGAACUGCUUUUUUUGUGUGUUCGGUUUGUUGCCCCGCCCGCCCGCACCUCCGAUUAGCGCGGUUGGCUACGUACGGUGCGAAAGAAGUUCAACAUAGAGUACACAGAACAUGUGUCGUCACAGGCAAUAGACCGGUAGGACAUCGCUGCCACUCCGCACACACACACACACCACUGCCACUGCCCCCGUUUUGCUCCACAGUGGCUCUGCUUGCCUCUACCGAAAACCAAAAGGCUGCCUCUGGUCAAAGUUAAUGGCAAACAGGGUUUAUGAGUUGAUAACAUGCAAUGAAAUGCACCCAAAGGUUGCAAAGCGUUGACUAACCGUGACCCAAUAGAACCCGUCGUGUCUCAACACAGGUACUGUAUUGUGCAACGUUAGGUGACUAACAAUAUUAUAUUUUUUAUUGUUUUGCAGUUUAUUUUAUUACGGUGGGGGGG